CCCACCACGGCCUCUCUCGGCGAGGAAACUCUGGCCUCCGCUUCCUCCUCCUCCGACUCGGACACCGGCGGAGCCUCCCCGCCCCCGCGGAAGAAACCCCGAGCCUCGGCGGCGGAGGGAGCAGGAGAGCCCGGGGCUUCGGCAGGCAGAGCAGGCCUCUCCCCUCCGUCCUCGUCGUCCUCGUCCUCGUCGUCCUCGUCGUCCACCUCCUCCUCCUCCUCCGUGGUGGUAGUGGUGGGACUCCCCCCGGCUGCUGCCCCUUCCGCCGCCGCCGCCGUCCCCCACCGAGGUAGCGGCCACAGCCUGGUCAGCGGCGGCAUCAUGCAGGCCAACGGGGCAGGAGGAGGAGGAGGAGGUGGCGGCGGCGGCGGAGGAGGGGGCGGCGGGGGCCAGGGACAGACCCAGGAACUCGCCUGCCUGUCGGCCCAGAACGGGGAGUCGUCCCCCUCGUCGUCGUCGGCCGCGGGGGACCUGGCCCACGCCAACGGGCUCCUGCCUUCCGCCCCCUCCGCCGCCAGCAACAAUAGCAACAGCCUGAAUGUCAAUAACGGGGUCCCCGGCGGGGCCGCCGCCGCCGCCGCCACCGUCGCAGCUGCCUCCGCCACCACGGCCGCCUCCUCUUCCUUGGCCACCCCAGAACUGGGCAGCAGCCUCAAGAAGAAGAAACGGCUCUCCCAGUCGGACGAGGACGUCAUUAGGCUAAUAGGACAGCACUUGAAUGGCUUAGGGCUCAACCAGACUGUUGAUCUCCUCAUGCAAGAGUCAGGAUGUCGUUUAGAACAUCCUUCUGCUACCAAAUUCCGAAAUCAUGUCAUGGAAGGAGACUGGGAUAAGGCAGAAAAUGACCUGAAUGAACUAAAGCCUUUAGUGCAUUCUCCUCAUGCUAUUGUGGUAAGAGGCGCACUUGAAAUCUCUCAAACGUUGUUGGGAAUAAUUGUGAGGAUGAAGUUUUUGCUGCUGCAGCAGAAGUACCUGGAAUACCUGGAGGACGGCAAGGUCCUGGAGGCCCUUCAGGUUCUGCGCUGUGAAUUGACGCCACUGAAAUACAAUACAGAGCGCAUUCAUGUUCUCAGUGGGUAUCUGAUGUGUAGCCAUGCAGAAGACCUACGUGCAAAAGCAGAGUGGGAAGGCAAAGGAACAGCUUCCCGAUCCAAACUGUUGGACAAACUUCAGACCUAUUUACCACCAUCGGUGAUGCUUCCCCCACGGCGUUUACAGACUCUCCUGCGGCAGGCGGUGGAACUGCAGAGGGAUCGGUGCCUAUACCACAACACCAAACUUGAUAGCAACCUAGAUUCUGUGUCUCUGCUUAUAGAUCAUGUUUGUAGUAGGAGGCAGUUCCCAUGUUACACACAGCAGAUACUUACGGAGCAUUGUAAUGAAGUAUGGUUCUGUAAAUUCUCUAAUGAUGGCACUAAACUAGCAACAGGAUCAAAAGAUACAACAGUUAUCAUAUGGCAAGUGGAUCCGGAUACACACCUGCUAAAACUACUUAAAACAUUAGAAGGACAUGCUUAUGGAGUUUCGUAUAUUGCAUGGAGUCCAGAUGACAACUAUCUUGUUGCUUGUGGCCCAGACGACUGCUCUGAACUUUGGCUUUGGAAUGUACAAACGGGAGAGCUAAGGACAAAAAUGAGCCAGUCUCAUGAAGACAGUUUAACAAGCGUGGCUUGGAAUCCAGACGGGAAGCGCUUUGUCACUGGAGGUCAGCGUGGGCAGUUCUAUCAGUGUGAUUUAGAUGGCAAUCUCCUGGACUCCUGGGAGGGUGUGAGAGUGCAAUGCCUUUGGUGCUUGAGUGACGGGAAGACUGUCCUGGCGUCGGACACACACCAGCGCAUUCGAGGAUACAACUUCGAGGACCUUACAGAUAGGAACAUAGUACAAGAAGAUCAUCCCAUUAUGUCUUUCACUAUUUCAAAGAAUGGCCGAUUAGCUUUGUUAAAUGUAGCAACUCAGGGAGUUCAUUUAUGGGACUUGCAAGACAGAGUUUUAGUAAGAAAGUAUCAAGGUGUUACGCAAGGGUUUUAUACAAUUCAUUCAUGUUUUGGAGGCCAUAAUGAAGACUUCAUCGCUAGUGGCAGUGAAGAUCACAAGGUUUACAUCUGGCACAAACGUAGUGAACUGCCAAUUGCGGAGCUGACAGGGCACACACGUACAGUCAACUGUGUGAGCUGGAACCCACAGGUGCCAUCCAUGAUGGCCAGCGCCUCCGACGACGGCACUGUUAGAAUAUGGGGACCAGCGCCUUUUAUAGACCACCAGAAUAUUGAAGAGGAAUGCAGUAGCAUGGAUAGUUGAUGGCGAAUUUGGAGCAGACGACUUCUGUUUAACUUAAAUUAGUCGUAUUUUAAUGGCUUGGGAUUUGGUGCAAACAAACAUGAUUGAUAGCUGGACAGACAUGCUCGUCAUGAAAAAAGAACCAUUUCUGAAGCCCGGUUGGGGCCAAACAUUUACACCUUGCUUCAUAGUAACCAGUUGAGAUGAAGCACGUCGUUAGAACGUUGUUGGACACCAUGUUGAAUUAUCCCCCCAUCGGUUGUGAAGAACUGUGCUACAUUCAGGCUUACCCAUUGAACUCAGUAUAUAUAUUUUUUUCCCUCCUGCCUUUUGUCUGGUGGGAUACCAUUCUUGUUGCUCUUCUGUGUAAUGAAGUUUAAAUGCUUGUUUGGAAAACUUUAUUUAACAGUUUAGAAGGCUUGAUAGAAAGAGUGCAUUAGUCUGAAGAGUAUACAUUGGAUAGGAAAGAAUUUCCUCCUUUUGUUUCUCCAAAUCUUUCCGCCUUAUUUAGCUUGAGAUCUUUGCAGCUUGGUUCAUGGAUUCUAGCCUUGCCCGUUGCGCAGUAUAUACAGAUCCAGAUGAUAAACCAGUGAACUAUGUCAAAAGCACUCUCAAUACUACAUUUGACAAAAAGUUUUGUACUUUUCACAUAGCUUGUUGCCCCGUAAAAGGGUUAACAGCACAAUUUUUUAAAAAAUAAAUUAAGAAGUAUUUAUAGGAUCAAAGUGACUUCAUUUGUAUACAUUUGGAAUCUAAACCAGCUUAAAAACAAUUUCCUCUAUAACUUAGAUACGCAGUAUAACUGAUGCUCUUCGGGAAUACCACAUGAGACAUGGUCAGAAACAGUGCUUGGAAAGACGUUACACAGGAAAUUCAGAGUAAUACUUUGAAGGUGUUCCCCCUUUUGUUUUAUUCCUGAAGUAACAUCAGUACCUGAUCUUGAAGAAAUUCAAGAUUCAAAAAGAAUUUUAAAUAUAUACCAACGUAAGAGAUCCCAGUAGUCAGUUCAGGUUUUCAAACAAAGCUUAUUCCAAGUUGUUCUCAAUUUGGGGAAUCGUUUUUGGUGUGAUAUCUAGCAAGAGAGUAGAAAUCAGCAGAUGUAACCACUUUGGAAGAUGAUAGUAUAAUUGAACUUGUUAGAAGAAUUCAGCAGAUUACAAACAUGCUUAACCUGGGUUUAAAACCUCCUAGUCAUUUCUUUUAAUUGCCCUUAAUAUUUUGACAUGUAGGGACACAUACAUUUGAAGAAUAUUCCAUCUCAGUCUUUCAGAUAUUGCCAUACUGAACCUCAUUCUAAACUGGUGCUGUGGGUAGUCUCUCCCUCUCCCCUCCCCUUUUAGUUAAGGAAAGGUUUCCUCUAUGGAAAAGCACUUUUAAUUUUGAGAAUUUUGCAUUUAAAAUAAGCCAAAAGCCUGGUGUUCACAGUGUGCUUUUAAAUCCCAUAACAGCUGAAUGCAACAAUCUUAGACUCCUUUGAAAUUCCCUCCCUUUCUCGGUAGAGGGUAAAUUCAGGGACCACAGCUGUUAUGUCGGGGAGAGGAGUGGGAAUGCCCCCCAGAGAAGGUUCUGGUGAGGAAGUCUGGAACUCAGGUCCCUGUGAGGCCCAGCCAAGUCUGCAGUGUAGUUGUUAACUGUGAGCAGAUGCCUGAAGGUCCCCAAAACGAGAGAGGCUUGGUGUCAGGAGUCCUUCCUUGGGGGCGGGGUAGGGGACGGCGGCAGCAGGGAGGAACGGAGCAGUCAGGGACGGGGAGAAGAAAGGGAAACACAAUUGGCCUUAAAAUAGCACGGAGUCUCCCAAAAGCUCUCAGAGAAAGUGACAGAUCGUGUUCAGCAGAUUAUUUUAUCAAAUUGGUAUGUAAAAAGAUUUCUUUACGCCAUUUUGCAGAGAUCACCACUUAGAGAAUCAAGAAUUCCUGUUUUGAUACUUCUCAGUUAACUAUAUGUUACAGUUUAUCUGGUACUUCAUUUUUCUUAACUAAAAUUACUUUUUACUUUAAGCUUGAAUAAAAAUCUUCAUUGGUAACUGUAUAUAA